GAUGUAUCUGAGUCAAGCAAUCAUGGCAAUGGCGGCUUUCAAAAUGGAGGUUUGACAGUUUUUCCACAGAAUUUGUCAAACUGGUCAUCGGGGGAGCUGAAAUGAUUCCUGGAAGAUCAUGGAUUUUCUUCGUUUGUUGCUUGAUCGGGCAAGAACAACUGAGGAUGAUAAAGACUCAAAGUAUAUGGAAUAUAUCCUACGUCAAGAUCUAAAGAAAUAUGGUAAAGAGGGAGAUGGCAUCACUACAAUCAACGCAGGAUCUACCAGCAUCCCUCCAGAAAGUGGUCGUCGAGAUGAAUAUUUGGGAGAAGAAUCUUCCACAGGCAAUGAAAAUGCUCUGAAGAUUUAUCACAGAGGCGAUUCAAGCCCAACACCAUCCAGGGAAUACACAGCAGGUGUCCCAAGCACCGGGCUGGUAACGCAGAACGCACGUACAGCUACGGUCCCAAGCACCGAAUCCUUACACUCCGCAGCACCGAUGAAAGCAACGGAAAUGAAAUCUGACGACGUAGGGUCGAGUCGUCAUGUCGUGCGCGUACCAAUUGCCAGUGCAAUCACCAUCUGCAUCGUUGUAGAGGUUCUUGUCUUUGUCUUUAUGCUCGCCUUUGUGAUCUUCCAAGCAAGGCGGGUCAUGAAACGCAGAGGAGACCAGCAGGGGCUACUUGAUGGCGAUGUGGAGAAAGCGAACAGAAGUGAGGAUUUCUCGUCCGGUGUUAGCUGCAGCACUUCGACGCCCAAUUCCCGCCGAGGGUCGGUCUAUCCAGGAUUGUGCAGCGCCAUCUCGGAAAACCUUCACUGUAUGUUGUCUCCCAUAGAUUCUCCAGGACAGACUAAGCGGUAUACAUUCUCUUGCUCGCCGUGUCCGUCAAUCGAUGUAAAGCCUUAUCAGAUUCAAGGCUGCUUGUCAGAGGAUAAACAGCGUAGCAGCAACUGGCUCGAUUUCUCACCAGAAUCGAAGAGGGCGCUUUACGCCAUGACGAGGUCACGCUCUACCCCUGAACACCUCGCCGCAGCCCGGUCAACGAUGAGCUCAUGCAGCGGCGGCACAAUAGAGACCAACCUUGGAAGGAUUGACACCGCGAUGUACAAGCGUGAGGAACUCGCGGCCAAGUUCGUGGGUAAAUGGAAACAGAUCAAGUCUAAAAAAGAAAGCAGCAAGCUGACUUUUAAGGUGACCUAUGAUUCGGAGAUUGAGCUUUUGACCGUAUUCAUCGACAGCGCCCUUAACCUUCCUGAUCGGGUGAAAGAUGGUAACGGGGACAUUUUCGUGAAGAUUGCUCUCGAUCCCGACCACAAGCGGAGAUCAAUGAACUCGAGUAUUCGUCACGGUACUCGCAAUCCCGAGUUCAAACAGAACUUCGCUUUCCGGAUCGCGCGGGGUGCUCUCAGUGAGAUGUGUAUCAAGUUUACCGUCUGCGAAUACGACCAGUACUCUCACCCCAUCGCAUUAGGUCGAGUCGACUACGCUCUAUCCGAACAUGACUUUAACCAGGGAGCUGACGCCAAUGUCAUCACACGAGAACUUGAUAAACCAGACAAGGAAGGGGAGGAAGCAACGAUGGGAGAUCUUAUGAUUUCACUGACCUAUUUACCGAAUGCAGAGCGCGUCAACCUGAUCAUCAUGAAAGCGCGGAACGUACGACUACCAGAGUGGGGAGACCAGGAAGUCGGACGAUCAAUUCUUGACACGUUCGUAAAGAUCACCAUCAUGCGAUGCGGCAAGGUCAUGAAACACAAGAACACCAAGGUGGUCCGACGCUCGUGCUCACCGGUUUUUAACGAAGCUUUCUCCAUCGACCGAAUGCGCCUCUCGGAAAUGCCCGAAUGCUGUUUCGUCCUCUCGGUAUGCGCUCGGCUCAAUCAUUUCCGAAGCCACCGUUCCCUUGGUCGAUGCGUCGUUGGCGGGAAGGACUGCGCCGUCGGUGACGGGUUGGCGCACUGGAAUGAGAUGUCAGAUUCUCCACGUAGCAUCGUAGCCAGAUGGCACAAGAUUCAGCCCUAAUCCAUAACUAAAUUUGGCCAUAUCUUUUUUAUACGUCUGGUAUAUUUUAGACCUAAACUUAACAGGGAUUUAGAACAUGUAGAAUGUUAACGUAUAAAAUUCAGAUCGAACGUUUAAUGAGCUUAUAUAGGAGCUUAAUUUUCUCGUUUAUCAUGUUUAUGAUGAUGGCUUGUGAUUGAUUCUAGUUUAAAAACAAGGAUUACGUAGAAAUUGAUUCUUUUGAAAUUUGACAAUGUAAAUUCCUGAACUUUCGUCAGUGCAUUCCGAGCCGGGAAGGGGGGGUAGGAGGUAGGAGUUCGCACGAUUUAUAUGUGUUACUAAUUUGUGCUUAAUCAUUUCCACUUCAAAUAUCAUAGAUCUAUCAUUAGAUAAUCAAAUUAUUUCAGUAAUCAAAUUAUUUCUGAUUCCCAUACAAAGCGUAACGAACAAGCUACCUGAGAUAUAUUAUUGUUAACUACAGGCAUGGAGAUUGGUACGCACUUGCUGGUACCCCCAGGGGCUACGCCAAGCAAGGGGAUGGAGACGGGGGAUGGGAAUGAGAAGUUCGCCUCACACCUUCUCAGAUAUCCUGGCGUUGCACCUGGGCGCACUGGUUUAAGGGGUGGUCCAGGCUGGACAUAUUUAUAUCUCAAUAAAUAGAGUAAAAUUCACAAAGCAAAAUGCUGCA